UCAAAUGUGAUUCUUGCAAUAGAUCGAAUUCGUUCAAAUACACCUGGUGCAAGUUCCUAGCAUAGCCAUGUCAUCUCCGGUUACGAUACUCAGUGUUCAAGGUCUGAAGUGCGUUACUCUGAUUGAGAAGAUACCUUUUAAUUAUUUCAACAGAGAAGGUCAUUUUUUAACAUGGAGGUUAGUAUCUAUGAUGUUCGAUCCGUGGCAUUUGAUAACAUCUCGUGCCCAGAACUACUGUGACUUGGGCACCAUCUUGGUUGAAAACUAUGCAUUUUCGAGAUCUGGAAUGUGCCAUAUUUCCCCGAAUCUACAUAGUUUGAUGAAACCUUCGUUGAAACCUAUUGUUCAGUGGGGCAUUUUUGGAGUUGGAAAUUCCUCACAUACUCAUGUUAUCGACGUUAUGGAUCAGCAUAAGAGUAUUGUGCUUGCACGUAGACAUGUACAGUUUGUGAAUGUUUCCAGGGAAACGCGUCUUCCAACCAGAUUACCUGAAUGGUUUAUUGAAAAAUACCGCCCAAAGUUGCAGGGCAAAGCUCCCGAAUUGAUGCAACAUAUCACGCUGAAGCCAGAGCAAAGGUUUGUGUUCGAGAUUGAGAUACAAAAAGAAGACAUUGAUCAUUAUGGACAUACAAACAAUUCCAUAUAUGGAAAGUAUAUGGAGGAAUGCGCUUGCCUUGCCAUCAACAGUGGUUUCUAUUCAUCAAUCAAAGGCAACAUUCACAACUAUAUAAUUACCAAGAUGGGUAACCUUUUUAUUCAUGAGGCAAAGCUUGGUGAUUUGUUGACCAUUGAAUCCUGGGAAGAAGAUUGUUCUGGGAUACUGAAUUUUAUAAUGCAUAAGCAAGGAAAGGAUAUCUUUCAUGGCAAGCUGCAUUGUGAGUCACUGUAA